AUGUCGACUCCAACAACUGCAACUGCGACUCACCCUCAAAGCCACUAUCACUACGGCGCUCCGUUCUCCCACCCGCAUCAACACCAACAGUACCAUUCGACGUCGACGGGCCAGUACGUUUUACCUGCCCCAGCAACAACGACACGAUUACCGCCCAUAAAGAACCUCCACGCUCCUAAACCAACCAGUGGCCACGCGAGCCCACAUGGGCCGCCGGUGACCCUAUCGUCGGGAACAUCGGCUACACUGUCUACACCUCGCUCCGAAUACACAUCAACUGUAAUGCCCUCAAGUACAACGACUGCUACAAUCACUAGACCCGAAGAAAUGGACGUCGCAGGUCCGCGAAAAAGAAGGCGUUCAAAGGGUCCCGACUGGGAUAACUUUUACAAGAAUGGGCUUCCUCGGGAGGUCAUCGUCAUUGAUGACGACUCAGAGCCUGAAGUCCUGUCACAGUCGACCGCCCCGGGCUCAUCACACACAAUAAUCAAUGGCCAUGCUACCCAUGCGAAUGGCAAUGGCCACGCAUAUAUGAACACUGUACCCGCAAACUCUAGAAGUCAGCAUACCGCCAAGAGGAGACGACGAGACGGCGAGCCAUCGGCUCACUACGAUCCGGUCCAUAACCAACUUGUGGGUUCGCACACAAACACUCCAGCUUCGACAAUAUCAAGCGAUCGUACAACCUCAGCCAUCGCCACCACAGCUCCGACUUCUCUAGGAUCUAGCUCCUCAAACGGGCACUACGAAGAUGCAAACGCCGGCCAAAAGCGUAAGAGGACAACGCGACAGCAGGCAGGCCAGGCCAAGAGAAGAGAAGCUGCUCUGUACGGCGAUGCUGCCUACACUAACUAUCAACCUCCUGCGAAACCCAUAAAGAAGGCCCCUGAGGUCAGCGUCAGAGUUGUGCACGAUCCCAAUCUGAAGAAUCUCAAGGUUGACGACGAAGACGGACACUACAUUGUUGUACCCGAUGCAGAACUCACAGAAGACUACCAAAUGAUUAAAUUGCUAGGCCAAGGAACGUUUGGCAAGGUAGUUCAAGCCAGGGAUCGCAGGAGAAACGAACUCGUGGCUAUCAAGAUCAUCAGAUCGGUCCAGAAGUACCGAGAUGCCUCGAGGAUUGAGCUGCGGGUGUUGCAGACACUUAAACUGAACGACCAAGAAAAUCGGAAUCGAUGCAUCCAUCUCCGAGACACCUUCGACUUCCGCGGCCACAUCUGCAUAGUCAUGGACCUUCUAGGCCAGAGCGUCUUUGACUUUUUGAAGAGCAACCAGUUUACGCCUUUCCCUAACAGUCAAAUCCAAAGCUUUGCUCGGCAGCUGUUCACCAGCGUGGCUUUCCUUCACGAUCUCAACCUUAUACACACAGAUCUCAAGCCCGAGAACAUCCUGUUGGCUGAUGCCACGUACCAGACGUUCACGUACAACCGCAAAAUUCCAAGCUCGUCAACCACAGUUGGCAGAACUGCGACGCAGCGCAAAGUUCUCUUGGACACAGAGAUCAGGUUGAUUGACUUUGGGUCUGCCACAUUCCAGGACGAAUACCACUCCUCAGUGGUGUCUACAAGGCAUUACAGGGCUCCCGAGAUCAUCUUGGGCCUUGGCUGGUCUUUCCCUUGCGACAUAUGGAGCAUAGGUUGCAUCCUCGUUGAGUUUUUUACCGGCGAUGCUCUGUUCCAGACACACGAUAAUCUCGAGCAUCUGGCUAUGAUGGAGGCCGUUGUCGACCGCAAAAUCGACACACAUUUGGUGCAGCAGGUUCACCGCAACACAAGAAGCGGGCCGAACCCAGCGACAAAGUACUUCAAACGGUCUCGUCUCGACUUCCCCUCGGUUGAUACGCAACGAGCGUCGAAAAAAUAUGUGAAGGCUAUGAAGAAGCUUCCGGAUAUAAUUCCAUGUCAGAACACAUUUAUGAAGCAGUUCCUCGAUCUCUUGACCAAAAUAUUCGUAUACGACCCUGCCCGCCGCAUCACGGCCAAGGAAGCCCUACAACACCCUUGGUUUAGGGAGGUUGCACACCCAGAUGACGGUUCCGAAGCGGCCAGGAUCAGGGCCGAGAGGAUGAGCAAAAACGAGCUCCACACGCGGCAAACCGAGCGACAUGAUUGA